AUGUCUAUUGCGAAGAAGAGGUUAGCACAGGAACGGGCGGAAUGGAGGAAGGACCACCCCGCUGGUUUUUCAGCCAAGUAUAGCCCCAUGAGUGAUGGGAAGGGCCUCGACAUUAUGAAAUGGAUUUGCAAAAUACCCGGCAAGAAGGGAGGUCUGUGGGAAGGAGGCGAAUUCCCCCUGACUAUGGAGUUCACGGAGGACUACCCGAGCAAGCCCCCUAAGUGCAAGUUCACCACGGUGUUAUUCCACCCGAAUAUUUACCCAUCAGGAACGGUAUGCUUGUCUAUCCUAAACGAAGAUGAGGAUUGGAAGCCCUCCAUAACGAUUAAGCAAAUACUGUUGGGCAUCCAGGACCUGCUGGAUAACCCCAACCCGAAUUCGCCUGCACAAGCGGAGCCCUUUCUGCUCUACCAGCAGGACAGAGACUCGUACGAAAAGAAGGUCAAGAAGCAGGCCAUGGAGUUUAGGCCCAAGGACUGA